UUUCCCUGUAGUAACGGCCCCUCUGGUUGGCUCAUUCUCGCGCGGGACGCGGAACGAGAAAAACAAAGGGAGCAGGGGCACAAAAAAUCCGCCUCAAAUGACAUUUUUACGCGAACUUUGUAUUAUUUCCAGUUGUACGCGAACAUGCCCUGCUUUUUAUAACCGUAGCAGAGGAUCACAACCAAUGGGAUCGAGUGUAACAAACAGAAAGUUGUUUAUCUUGAGGUCACUCUUAGGGAGGCAAAAAUGGCGUCCACUCCUUUGGUGUUGAUAGCAAGCUGUACCCCCAAUUUUCAGGCCGAAGGCCUCGUGAAACAAAUAAUUGGGAAGGAUGAUCUGCCUCCCGGUGUGGCUAUUGUGGAGAAAAUGACGGGUUUUCCCUGGACGAUUGACAACAAAUACUACACCGCUAACGUACACAUUUGUAUCGCCCUGGAGAAAACCAUCGGCAACGCUGAGUUUGCAGAAGCUCUGCAGGCAGUGAUUUUACACUUCGACAGCAAGGAGGCUGCUAGUUUUGAGUCGGUGAAGCAGUGGCUGCCCUUCCUGACUCACCUGGACGUGGAUGUGAAACUGCUGACCUGUGGGCUGCUGGAACAAGAAGGAGUGUUGACAAGAGAAGAUGUUUUCACGUGGUGCAUAGAGAAUGGGUUUGAGUUGGUAGAGCUGCAAGAAUCACAAGACAGGGAUGAGGAAGAUGUGGAAGAUAGUUUUUAUCCUGAUCCAGUGGGGGUGAAGAGGAUAGUAUCAGCUCUCCAUGCACACACCUGGCCAAACCUCGAGCUUAAAGACACCAGUUCUGACAAUGUGUCCAGACUAAUGGCCCUCCUGCAUGAACGGGAGGACCAGCAGGCAGGCAGGGGGGAUGCUGAGGGGGAGGAGGAGACAGAGAGUAGGGGGGAGCCAGAGGGGGCAGAGAAUGGCACACAGGUGGUCCAGGGGGCAACAGGAGGAAGUACCCAGGUCCAGAAUAGCAGCAGUAGUAAGAAAUCACCAAAGAAGAAACAAGCUACUAGAGAAGAAAGAAUAGAUAAACUUGUUGGAGAGGACAUGUCAAUCAUCAGUGGCUUAGCCAAUGAGGACCCAGGAGGAGAGUCUUUCGAGGCCAUGUUUGACAGGAUGAAGGACAUGAAAGAUAAGGCUGCCAAUCUUCCAGAUCAAGACAGAAAAGCGUAUGCUGAAAAGGUGGCCAUUUCCUUCUGGCGUGCAAUGGGUGGUGAUGAGGAGGAAAUUGAAGGACUUUCUGACAGUGAUGAGCAGUGACAACAUCUGCAUAAAAAGGGAAUAUAGAUUAUACUGCAUGUUUUAGAGAUGGACCAUGGAAUUGGGGUUUACCCAGAUUCCCUCAUACCUGCAGUAGGAAAGGAAAUGGCUCUGUCAUUUAUUUGCAUCAUUUGUUUUUGAAUUGAGGAUUUUUUAGAAUGUAACUACUUUAACAAUGCAAGAUAUUGUACUCCUGUUGUAUUUGAUGUAAUUUAUCCAAGCUAUAAUCAUCAUCAUCACACAAUCCAUUUGUAAUGUUUGAACAGAAAGCAGACUUCUUCCUGCAUUAGCAAAAUACUUUUGUCUCAAUAAUGUGUCCACUGUAAUGGUCAAGUGAGUUGCUUUUCCCAUGCUAUGGAGUCAUUACACAAUCUUGUGUUGGUCACAGAAGAAAGCAGGGAUAAGGUUUAGUAACAUAGACAAGUACAUGUACCAUCUAUGUCUCCCCUUUGACAAUACAUUCCGAUAAUAUGCUACAUGUAACAUGGCAGACUCUUGAGGUCGUACAUAUGUUCCUAACAAUUGAAGAAGUAGCCCUAAAAGUCAGGACAUAUCAGGCAUUCUGCAAGAUGAAUUGAUGCAACCCACCCUAUGCAACAUGACAGUCACAUGGUCUUAUUGCAAAUGUGUAUUUUCUGCUGGUUUAGCAUUGGCAAAGUGUGUAACUGAUGUGUAAUGUUGAAAUGUAUCUGCUCUUGCUGCUAUAUUGUAAUCUGGAGACUAGCAUUGUUGAAGGCCAUUUCAGAAUAUUUCAUUUCAGAGGACUAAGUCAGAUUUGAGUGUCUUUUGUUGAAGAAAUUCUGUUCCAAAAGCCCUUUUAGAGCUAUGAUAUCAUUUGUCAUAUCAUAGAUGGAAAUAAGGUUGUAAAAUACAUUAGACUGUAAUGUUGUGUAGACUAUAGAUUAGAUUAAAAUCAAAUUGCUUAACUUCCCAAGUAAAUUUCUGUUUCAUAGCUUGAGACCUAAUUAUUUAUUCAGUCUAAGUCAACAUUCACUGCUAUUCAGCCAACAGGCUGUUGGGAAAACAGUGGCAUCAGAAAAUGUCACAAUCAUCAUAUCUACUUCAUGUCAUGAGGUCAAUCUAUCUUUAAUAAAGUCUCCUAUGGUCUGAAUACAAA